AUGAAGAUUUGGUUUGUUUAGACAAUUUUUUCCAUUACAAUGAUGUUUACCACAAUUACAUAAUGUACACAAACAUUAUCCUAUUUUAGUAAAAAUUAUCAAUUACCUCCAAGAUGAUCAAAAUAUUAUUAGUAUUUGUCAUCAUCUUGACUAUAUCGAUUUUUUUGAUGAUUCACUAAUUUCUCAAAAACCUUUUAUAAAUUUUCAUUAUACUUUUGAUUAUGUUUAAUUAAACCCUUUUGAUGAAUUAGAGUUUUUAUUAGAACUAGAUGAUCGUAUAAUUAUUUUUUAAGCAGGCAUAUUUUAUUAUUAAUAAUGGCAAUUCACUGAAAUUUAAAGAAUUUCUUGA